UCGAUCACUUUAUCUCUCUCUCUCUCUCUCUCUGAGCUCACAAAGACACACCCAUUUCUCUCUCUCUAUAUCGCUCUCUCGCUCUCUCUCUCUCUCUUCGAUUCAAACCCUAGCGCUUUGCAAUCACACACUCUCGGAGGAUCGGUGCAGAGCUUCAAUGGAGUCCGCUCAGCGUCACUGAUAAGUUUUGAGGUGCGAGUGUGGCAGUUGGAAACUUGGAAUGACUAAAUGUACAAGAAAGAGGUAAAUUUUAUCCUCGCAAAAUUAUAGUUGCUGAAUAUUUGUGGGCUGGAUCAUCUAUGCCUGGCAACGAAGUUGGAGACAGGGUCCACAAUUUCUUUGGCCAAGAGAACUUGUCGCAGGCCCAGCAUCAUUCACAGGCUAUUCAUGGGAACUGGCCUGGGUUAAAUAACAAUCUGUUGGCCGGAAACCAAAGACAGAUUGGUGCGUCUUUUAUUUCCAAUUUAAAGAAUUACAAUGUACAGCAAUCAGGAGAGUCUGAGAGGGGAGAUGGAAGUCAGUCUUCACGAGUGCCACAUGGUUUCAACUUAACACAAUCAAAUCUGAGGCCUGAGUUUGGAAGAAAUUUGUCUCAGAACCAACAGACAACUUUGAAUGGCUAUGUGCAAGGGCAUCAUAUGUUCCAGACAAGGCAGAAUGAAGCGAACUUUUUGGGAGUGGAUACAGAACCUGAUCGGAAUAAUUUGACAUCAAGAGGCAUAUCUACUCUUGAGUCACAUCGGGGGGGUCCUGAGCUUAGCAAGAAAAAUUCAUCAAGGCUGGAAGCUUCUGAAUCUCCAGUUAAUUUUGAUUUUUUUGGCCAACAGCAAAUGAGUGGCCAGCAGCCUGGCAUGCUGCAAUCUUUGCCAAGGCAGCAGCCGGGGAUCAAUGAAAUGCAGCUACUACAGCAACAAUUAAUGCUCACACAAAUGCAAGAACUUCAGAGGCAGCAACAACUUCAGCAACUAGAGGCAAGGCAGCAGAGUUCUAUAAAUCAGGUUUCCUCUCUCCCAAAACAGACAGCUCCCAACCAUUCAGCAGCCCUAAUCAAUGGUAUUCCUAUAAACGAGGCAUCUAAUUAUCCAUGGCCACCGGAGCUUGUGGCUGGUCACCCAAACUGGCUGCAGCGUGGUGCAUCUCCAGUUAUGCAAGGAUCUUCUACUGGACAUAUGUUAUCCCCUGAGCAAGGCCAGGCACGACAUCUGAUGGGAUCUGUUCCUCAACAGGUUGAUCAAUCUCUUUAUGGGGUUCCCGUUUCUGGCACAAGAAGCACUCCAAAUCAAAAUUUUCAUGUUCAAAUGGAUAAGCCUGCAUUGCAGCAGGUAUCAGCUGGUGGUAAUUCCUUUUCAGGUCAUCAAUAUGCUACAUUUCCUGGUCAGGUUAGCAUGCCAGAUGAAACUCUGGCUUCCAGACAAGACUUUCAAGGGAAAAAUAUGUUUGGCCCUGCUGCUGGUCAAGGUUUAAACAGUGGAGGUCAAGGUUUAAACAGUGGACUUAACUUGGAAAACUCGCAGCAAGUGAAUCCCCAGCAAAGAAAUGCAUCCGUGCAAGAAUUUGGUGGGAGGCAAGAGCUAGCUGGAUCUUCAGAAACGUCACAAGAGAAAACACUGAUGCAGGUUGCCCCUUCACAGAGUGUCUCUUCACUAGAUCCAACUGAAGAAAAGAUUUUGUUUGGUUCUGAUGACAAUCUGUGGGAUUCCUUUGGCAAGAGCACAGGGGGCUUAAAUAUGUUGGAUGGUACAGAUUAUUUUAAUGGACUUCCUUCACUGCAAAGUGGGAGUUGGAGUGCUCUUAUGCAGUCUGCUGUAGCUGAAACUUCUAGUGCUGAUAUAGGGCUUCAGGAAGAGUGGAGUGGCCCAACGUUUGGGAACAGUGGACCUCCAGCUGGGACUCAGCAGUCCUUAACCCUUAAUGAUGGUAGCAAACAGCCAGUCUGGGCUGAUAAUAACUUGCAGACUGCUUCGACAAUGAAUUCUAGGCCUUUUCCCCAUCCUGAUGAUGCCAAUAGGCCCACUACAAGUACAAAUUUUUUUAAAGUUCCAGGAAUUCAGCAAUCAGGGCCCAAAAAUUUACAUCAACAGGGUGAUGGGUUGCAGAAUAGUUCUUCUCAUAGAACUAUUCCACAGUUUCAGGAAGAAGGAAACAGAUGGUUGGAUCGUAGCCCUCUACAAAAGCAUCUUGCUGAAGGUAGCCAUCUUUUUGGAAAUGUUGUUCAGUCUUCCGGUGUAGAAAUAAAUCCCAAGAGUAAUUCAGGUUCUUGGACCCAUCAGCAAAGCUUAUCUUCUUACAAUAGUGGUGGCCAGCCACACAAUAGACCAAACGGUUGGAACUUUACUGAAUCUUUGUCACCUGAUAGUGGUGCUUUGAAACAUCAUGAUAAUGAAAAAUCAUCUCAAUUGACUCAGGCUAGUGAUCAUAAGGGGGCUACACAUGAGGAAGUUGGUCAUGGUGCUGUUAUAUGGAAGACUGAUUCUGUUCCUAAUUCAUCUGUUGAACUAGAACAGGCUAAAUCUGGAGGUAGCCUGCAGGUCUACAGGGAAGAUUCAAUUCCUAAUAGUGUUACUGCAGCACCUAAUUUAAGCACUUCAAGGGCCAACCAGGAAAGAAGCCAACAGCUUCAAAACAAUCAUAAUCGUAAUUUCUGGAAAGAUGUUGAUUCUCCAGGAAACUCUAUAGGAAGUGAGGUUCUGGGGAAAUAUCAGCACCAUCUCGAUAAGAGCCCUCAAAUUUUGGAGUCAUCAGGAAAUAAUGGCUUGGAUAAGGGAGCAGUUGAAAUGCAUGAAACGGAGAACUCGAGAAAAAGAGAGAACUCAAGUGAUAGUUUUCGCUCUAACGUGUCUCAUCAUACUUCCAGUGGUGGUUUGAGAGAGAAUGUUUGGUUAGAUGCUAGUGAUUCCCGAACUGGGGGAAAACAAAAGGUAUCUAUUCAGGCUAAUCGAAAACCUGGAGCUCGCAGAUUCCAGUAUCAUCCAAUGGGGGAUGUGGAUGUUGAUGCAGAUCCUUUGUAUGGCCCAAGAGGUAAUGCGAAUCCACAGGCCAUGGCUCAGCAGGUUUCUCAAGGAUUGAGAGCUCAAGAACAGGUGUAUAUUGGCCAGUCAAGAUUUGCUGGUCACACAGAUAGAAAUUCUAUGGAAUUGGAGAAGGGCCGUUUACCUGGUUUUCAGGGUGACACAAAAGGCUUAGAUGAGAUACCUUCGAAAAGUAUGCAUCCAGGGUAUCUUCCUAAUUCGUCUGCUCCCUUUGACAAGUCUGUGGGUAAUUAUUCCCCUAACAAGAGAGCUUCAUCAAGUCAAAAUAUGCUUGAGCUUCUUCACAAGGUGGAUCAAUCAAAUGAACUUGGCAUCAGAACACAUAAUAGCUCUUCUGACCAGUAUAUGUCUUCUGAGAUGCCUGAAGCGGAAACUUCUGAUGGAUCUGUUGGUCAUCUUCAGCAAAAUCCAUCUUCUGCAACUCAAGGUUUUGGUUUACAGUUAGCCCCUCCAUCUCAAAGGUUGCCAAUUCCUGACCGUGCCUUGUCUUCCCAGAGCUCCUCACAAACAGUAAUUGGUUCAGCUCAUGUUGCUUCUGGGACUGGAGAUAAGGGUAAUGCGUGGUUGUCUUCCGCAGCCUCUGUUCAAUCUUUGCCACCUUCCUGUGAAUCAUCUCAGGGUGAAUUUAGGAAUAAUGUUUCUGGUAGUUUAGGACAACCUAGCAAUAAAGCCUCACAUUACAAUGUUCAGGGAAAUUUUUCUUCAGCUUUCACAUCUGGUUCUCCUUUCUCAAGAAGUCAUCUUCAGGGUCAGCACAUGACUGUUGCAAGUGGACAAGUAUUGUCGAAUCAAUCUGUGAACAUAUCUUUAGAUAGGAUUGCUUCCCAAUCAAAACAGAGAGAUGAAUCUGGGGAGAGAGCUCAAGCUGUUCAAUCUGCACUGGCAUCAGCACCAGAUGUGUCUACAAGUACUCCACAAAAUAACCUUACUUGUUCUACAGAGAUGUCCCGGCCUAGUAGUGCAGACCAAACCCAUUCAAGAGAUCCAGGCCAACAAAUCCCGGCUUUGGAAGCCAUGCCAGUCUCUCUGCCUUCUGUUACGCCUGGCAUGUCUCAACCGGGUGCCUUUUCAAAAAUGCAACCUAAUGUCUGGAAUAGUGUUUCUACCCAGCAACGAUUAUUAGGUGUUCAUCCAUCCAAGGCUUCCACAAAUUUUUUUAGGACUCACUUUCAAUCAGAUAACAAUUCUGGAUCUCUAAAGCUUGAUAGUCAAGAUGCCCAGAAACGAGGGAAUGGUCCAUCCGGAUUCGGUGCAAGUUCUAUAAAUUCUCAAGCCUUUGCUGGGAAAGAGCAGCCUAUGAAAGGAAGCCCUGGGCAGCAAGUUUCAGCUGAAAAUAUUGACCCUGUUGAAAAGGCAUCAAGUGUUUCACAGGGGAAGGAAUCUGCUGUAAAGCGUGUUUCUGAUUCAUCUCAUUCAAAUGCUGCUGCCACCCAAAGAGAAAUUGCAGAUUUUGGCAGUACUUUAAACCAAAAUAAUGUUAUGAAUCAAAAUUACUCCUUAUUGCAUCAAGUACAAGCCAUGAAAGGUGCCGAGAUCGAUCCAAGUAAUCGUAGUGUGAAGAGAUUUAAAGGUCCAGAUGGUGGUGUGGAUGUGCAACAGGUAGCACCUAAAGGAGGACAGCAAUUAUCAUAUGGAUACAAUAGCAUGACAAGAGAUGCAUCAGUUGAUCAUAGUGCAGGUCCAUCUGGAGAUUCUAAGAUGCUAAGCUUUUCAGCCAAGCCAGGGGAAAGUCGGGAUAUGAAUGCAUCUUCUCAGGAUAUGCUUGCAUUUAGUCAGAACAAUUCUCAUAAUUUAUCCAGUAAUAAUGCUACUGCUGUUCGAGCUGAGCAUUCUCAGAUUAGUCCUCAGAUGGCACCAUCAUGGUUUGACCAGUAUGGAACCUUUAAAAAUGGACAAAUGCUGCCAACAUAUGAUGUGCGGAAAAAGGCUUUGGAGCAGCCUUUCAUUAUUGGAAAGCCAUCUGACAGUUUGCUUGCUCAUAAUUCUGCGGAGCAAGUUAAUGCUGCUGCCGAUGCUAGUCAUCCUGGUAACGUCCAACAAAGUUCUACCUCCACAUCAAUGGCAAAUGAUCAGUUCUCAUCCCCUCAUUUAUUGCCUCCUGAUGUCCCUGAUCAAAGCCUGGUUGUUGUGGGACCCAAGAAACGUAAAACUGCUACAUCUGAACUUAUACCAUGGCAUAAGGAACUAACAGAGGGUCCCCAAAGGCUCCAGAAUAUCAGUUCUACAUUUUACAGCACAGCAGAAUUAAUCUGGGCCCAAGCAGCAAAUCGACUGAUUGAGAAGGUGGAAGAUGAAGCUGAAGUAGUUGAAGAUGGACUACAGAUGCUUAGGCUGAAAAGAAGGCUUAUUUUGACAAAGCAGCUUAUGCAGCAACUGCUUCGCCCUCCUCCAGCAGCCUUUCUAUCUGCAGAUGCUAGCUCACACUAUGAGAGUGUGGCUUACUUUGUUGCUAGAUCAGCCCUAGGGGAUGCAUGCAGUGCAACCUUUUGCUCUGGAGGGGAUACCCUUGUGCCUCUUGACGGCAGAAACCUCCUGUCCGAGAAGCUUAGAACAUCUGGGAGAAUUGAUGAUCGAUACUUCGUGAAGGUUGUGGAAGACUUUAUUGGCAAAGCGAGGAAGCUGGAAAAUGAUCUGUUGAGACUGGAGAAUAAAGCCUCAAUAUUGGACUUGAGAGUGGAAUGCCAGGAUCUGGAGAAGUUUUCUGUCAUCAAUCGUUUUGCUAAAUUCCAUGGCCGGGGGCAAGUUGAUGGUGCCGAGACCUCAGCGUCCUCCGAUACAGCUACAAAUGCCCAGAAACCCCAAAGAUAUGUUACUGCACUCCCAAUGCCUAGGAAUCUCCCAGACAGGGUACAAUGUCUUUCACUUUGAUCAUUAAUUAAUUGAUUUUUUCCUCUUUCUUGAUCAAUUGUCUCCACGUCCCUCAUGCUUCUCUGGUCCAUUUUCUUUCAACUUAUAUAAUGGCACUUGCUUCGACAAAAUAGAACCACAGGAGUGGGAUUGUAGGAGAAGAAUGGAUAGUAGAAUGUCUCCUUAAAAUCGAUGGAGGCUUUUAGAUCUUUGCAAUCUAGGCCAUUGAUGUCGUUCUUGUGAAAUAUAAGUUGCUCCUUAUAGUUAAGAAAGAAACUUCCCGGUCAUUUUUUCAGUAACUGGGGAGGACAGAAGCAGUCUGGUUUUCCAGCUCCUAUCAUUCCUGGUAAUAAUAUGAAUCGUUCCUAAGUUUUGGAGCAUGAGUUUCCAUUCAGAAAUUGGGUUGCUGUUAAAAGUAGAAAAGUGGGGGAGAGUGGGUUGGGAUUUCCAAUUUUACUGCAAAGAUUAGGCAGUUAAACUGUUAUAUAUUUAAUCUGACUUGUUCAUACUACUACUUAAAAAUAGUGAUUCUUUUUGUCUGAAA